AUGGCCCAGACACGCAACAACACCACCAAGAAGGCCAAGGCCUUCAAGACCAACAAGCAGAUUGCUAACAGGAAGGCUCCCGGCAAGGCUGCCAGUCGUCCCAAAGUCGACAUGAACAAGCUUUUCCCACCCUGGGGCUCCGAAGAAGCGCUGAACCAGACGGCAAACAAGCUGGCUACUGAUAUCAUCCUAGCCGUGUACCAUGAUAUCAACACCUACUGCCACAUUGAGAGACUUGCGGGAGAGAAUUUUUAUAAUUGUCAGGGGAUGUUCGUCAACAUGCGUACCUUCACAGAAGGAUUUAUCGAGCGGGAAAUUGGCAACUACAUGGCCUGCGUAGAAUCCUUCAAGGCGGAACAUGGUGAGUUUCAACCUGUCACACCUAACAGUAGAUUCCUAGAGUUUGUUUCUGCGCUCGGAUGGAAGAUUUUUGCUAUCUGUGCCCACGCCGAAGCAUUCCGACGAGGCAUCAAAGAAGCCGACGAUAGAACCUGGAGAUUCCUGAUCCAUAAGAUUCAAGAAAACACCUUGAGUAUUGAACUUUAUGCUCACAGCCGUACCCUGAAGUGGCGUAAUAUGAUUUGGAUUCACCAGGGCUACCCCAUUCCAGGCCUGCCAGACAUGAAACCCGAAAUCGAAACAUACAUGCAGUGGAAAGUCGACCACCCUCACCACACCGUCAUCACACUCGACGGUAAAUUGAAGGAGCCCACUUAUCAAGGCAAGUUACAGAAACACAUUGGCGAGAGUAUCUAUGAUCCCAAGAAGUGGGGUGGUUUGAAACAGGACCCAACGCUUCGCCAUCUGGCUGAUGGCAGUUCAUCUAACGUCGGACGCAUUUGCCAUAUGUGCGGCAAUCCUGCUAGUUGUGAUUGCCGCUUGGCAUCUCGAGCAGGAGAACUGGUUGAGCUGAGAGAAUACCCCGAGACGGGUACUGGUAUUCGAGUACUGACGAGAUUCAACCGCGGUGACAUCCUCGAUUUAUUUGUGGGUGAACUUCUUCCCGAUUGCGUAGAAGAUGUCUAUCCUUUGUCGCAAUGCGAUGAUGAGCCCUAUACGAAGUCCAAUCCAGCUCGCCCUUUGGCCACAAUUUGCCCUCACGAAUUUGGUAACUGGACCCGUUAUAUCAGCCACUCGUGCCGACCCUCGACGGCGUUCGUCACCCGCACCAUUGGAAACCGAGUAGUGUGCACAGUUGAAGCCAUCCGCGAUAUUAUGCCUUUCGAAGAGCUCACUGUUAGCUAUGGUGAUAAGUACUGGCAGAGAAAAGACCUUAAGUGCCGAUGCGGGCACUGUGAUGGUUCCGGAACUGAAUAA